CCUAUUCCUUUAAUGUCACCCACCACACCAUACGUGCAGUCCGGGGAGCCUCUCAAUGACUUCCUUCGUUCAUUUUGGCAGCGGCAAGUAGACGCAGCAGAACAAGAGACGCCAGAUUACAGGCAUCCUCCACUACCGCUCGCACGCAUUAAGAAAGUCAUGAAGAGCGAUCCAGAUGUGAAGAUGAUCGCAGCAGACGCGCCCAUCUUAUUUUGCAAAGCAUGUGAAAUUUUUAUAUCUGAAAUAACUGCUCGUGCAUUUAUCAUAGCCGACUCAAAUAAGCGUCGAACACUGUCCCGUGCCGAUAUUGCGAAGGCCCUCGCAAAAUCAGACCAGUUCGACUUCCUGAUCGAUAUUGUUCCAAGGGAGGAGGGACUUACGGGAUUGACUCAGAGUGCUGGUGCCGUUGCCGGGGGAUCUGGGUCAAAUAUGACGAACUUAGUCGCAGGUGUACGUGUUAUCAAUGCAGCUUGUCUUGCUCCCCAUCAGGAUUCUGAGCAUCAUGCAGGCGAUGAGUCUGGAAAUAUGCCUUCUUCGGUGGUACUUGAUCAGGUAAGGAUUGUGAUUCACUCUGUGGCGUUAGACCCUACUCUCUCACCCCCGAGGCCCUGUUCUCUCCCACUCCUGAGAACCGUGCAGCGUGUAUGA